GUUCAUAUGGCAGCUCUUGCUGAGGAAGGAAGACGAUGGCAGAUCACGAAGUUCGACACAAGGACAGGCAGCAACAAGAUCGACAAAAACAAGGGGAUUUUGUCUGCAGUCUUUGUAAUGUUUCUGCACCCUUUGACUACUUGGGAACAACACCGCCUUUUGCAAAAUCUAUUGUGCUGUUGGAGAUGGCCUUUGUGAUGAAAGACCAGUUUUCUCAGGGGAAGGAGGGACAUCUAGUCCUUGGGGCCAACUGUUGUCUGUGUGGCAAGUGUGUCUGUUUGGGACAGAACUGCAGCCUAUUUUACACCAAGAGAUUCUGCCUGCCUUGUGUGUUACAAAACAUACAGGAAUUUCCACUGGAGAUCCAAGACGAGGUAGCAAAGAAGAAAACUUGGGAGAUGCCAAAAUACUAGAGCCUGUGCGCGGGACAAUUACAUGUACAAAUAUGUACAUUUGUUUGUUUCAAGACACUUCCUUUAAUAGCUUUAUGUAGCAUAUGCAGAGGAGAUAUGCUGUACUGGAAAUAUGCAUGUCUCAUCUCACUGCCAACAGCAUGUAAGUAGCAUUAAAUUAAAUUUAAAAAAAAAUUUAAUGUAUUACAUGUAUGUGAGCAUCCUUUAUUUAUCUCACAAUAAGGACAUUUAAAUAGCUUGCCUAGUUGAGUAACUUUUACAUUACCUCAUUACAGAUGCCAUCUAUGUCAUGAUUUAGCUGUACCACAGGUAAUGUGUAGAACCCCUAACCAACUUUGGACAUAGUAACAAAUGUAUAUUAAAUCUGUCCUUUCUAGCACCAUACAAGACAUACAUGGACCUGUACAAAAAACACCAUUAAUUAAAAACAUUUGAACUUGGCUGCUAGAGACAAGUAAGCUAUUGAACAUCUAUGAGACUUGAAUACCACAUACAUGUAGGUACAGUUAACACACUGUGUCUCAAAACCACUACAUUUACAUUGUAAUGUAAGCUCAAAAGCAGGUAUAUGUACAACAAAUACAAACACAUGGUAUUACAUGUAGAUGCAUUAUUAAAUAUUCUUUGAAGAAAUUUAUUCAAUAGUUUGGAAAAUCUGUAUCACAGUGUCUUAGCAUUUUCACAAUGCCACUCUAAGUACUGUUUUGCACCUCUAUAUUGCAGAGGAAAUUAAAACUAGUGGCACAAUGUAGUGUUUUAUUGACCUGGUUUCUAAGAAGAGAAAUUCUACACAAAGUUUAUAGUAAGGGCAGCUAUUAUUCUUCAUACUUCAAUAAAGCCAUUUAUCAUCUACUUGCUCAAUUUGAUAAAUUAUUGUUACAUGUUGCAAAAUUGCUAUCAGAAGUACAUGUACAUGUAAAAUCAUGUAAUACCAGGCUGAGAUUCCUGCUGGAUUAUUCAACCCUCGGCCUGCUGUCUUCUGUUGUAACCAAUAUGAAGCAUGGGUGCACUCCUAGCAGGCAUGUUAUCACAUAGCCAGGGUCUAGCCUCUGUAGCACUGCAGGCUUAUAGAACUGGGGGUUUGGUUGUCUUCGGCUGUUUUCUGAUUAGCCCAGUUCUAAAAACGGGGGUAAUUCAACCAGGCCAGCUAUGUUGUCUAUAUGCAAUCAGAAAAUAUCACAUAAAAGCUCCCAAAGACCAUGAAGACCCCCCAAACCCCCAGUUUUUGGUAUGCUAUGGAGGCUAGCCAGGGUCCUAUAUAAUAUAGUAGUAGACAGGUAGUUUGAAUAAGUGUAGACUCUGAGGCAUAUAUUAUGGACUCUCCCUAGAAAAUUGAUUCACUGUCCUGGAGCAGUCUUUGGACACAAGAUCAAACUGGAAUAUCAGCUAAUGCGUUUGUCUGGAAAUACAUAGGUGUAUUAUG